AUGUCUGAGGUAUCUCAUCCCGCUAGGAAGAAGGUUUGGCAUCCCAAGGUCUUCUCCGGCUGCAUCAAGUGCAAACAGAGGCAUGUGAAAUGCGACGAGAAAAAGCCAGCCUGUCUGAGGUGUAUCAAACUCGGAGUCAAAUGCCCUGGCUACCGGCUCCCCGUCCCGCGGAUCUUUGAUAUACGACCCCGGCCGAGAUUCGACACGGAAGAGGAUAAGGUCAGUUACGAUUAUUUCGUCACCAGCGGCUCGAAAGUUAUCUGCAAUUUUCAGCAGAACUCGUUACAAUUCUGGACGCGCCUCGCACCACAACUCGCCGAGACGAACGACGCAGUCAGACACGCUCUGGUUGCCCUUGGUGCCCUUCAGGAGCCCUUACAUCGCGUUACAGUCGACCAACUCGCCACAAACCGGCGACCAGAAAUAUCUCCGUUAGCUAUCGCUCAUACGACCAAAGCCAUCCAUCAGAUGAGAAUUGCUGAUCCCAAGUCCCUUUGUGUUGAAGUCGCCGUCUCAUGCUGUAUAUUAUUUUUGGCACUGUCGAUCUGGAUGGAAAAGACUGCAGGCCCCCCCAUUCACAUUCUGGCUGCUCACCGUAUUCUGAAGGAAAGCACCGGCGACAAUACAAAUAAUUCCCGCUCCAAGAAUAAUGAUCUAUCCAGAAUCUACGUGCCUAUGGUUGAUGGGUUGAUAGUUCACGCAUGCACCUUCACGGACCAGUUUCCCCCACCAAGCUCGGGAAUCCCGCCCGACUACCUACUCCAAUACGGAUUGGAUGGCAUUGGUGCAAUGUCAAACAUGCCUGAAGCCCUCCAUGCCAUCAACACCCUUCUCAAAUCCGUCCUUCGAGCCACAUAUCAUGCCGAUACCACUUCCAAUGCCGUGACAAGGUCGAUAUCAUCCGCAAUCUCCUGUUAUGGCCGGAAGUUGGAAGACCUCCGUGCUGCGAAUAAGUGCUCGGAAGACCUGGAAAGGUAUUAUCAACUUCGACUACACCAUAGAAUGGCGUAUUUGAUGUUUCACACACUGGGCCAUGAUGACGAAUGGAUCUAUGACGGCCAUUACGAGGGAUUCUACUUCAUCCUUGAACAAAGCAGACGCAUUAUCAAGCAACGAGACACGACCUCCGCUAAGACCACAUCUGCCCUCAACCCAACGUUUGGCUUGAUACCACCUCUAUUCUUCGUCGCCACCAAAUGCCGAGAUUCUCUCCGUCGUCAAGCUCUUCAGGCCUUGCACAGCGUCUUUCGAAACGAACGUGGCUGGACCAGCUGCAUGGCCACAACAAUUGCAAAAUUCGUCAUUCAAGAAGAAGAGCAAACCGUUGACUAUAUCUGUGAAGAGCAAAUAUCUCGGCCUCAGCGACGCAUUCGAUUGGAUCAAGUCGAAUUCUCAAGCGCACAAAGAAAGAUGCAUCUAAAGUACACCAUGUUCACGAAGAAAGGAGCGGCUGGCCAGCCUCGCUCGACUAGGAUUCCAUAUUGCCCGCAUCCAUCUGUAGAGAGUGACGGCGUGACUAGUGAUAUGUCACGAAAAGUUUUAAGAGCCUGUGGAUAUACGAGUAUCAUUCUCUUCACGCCGCCUAUUGAGUGCCAUUGCCCGGCUUUCCAGACCAAAGGACCGUUGCCGAGAGCCACCAAAGCCGGUUUAGAAUCGAUAAAUCUAGACGAAGUUCGUUGGCUCCAACUCACGGAAACACAAUGA